UAGCCUUUUGUCUUUCUACCUGCGCAUCGUCCCAAGCUCAAUUGAUUCCACCCAGACGACUCCAAACACAAAAUGGCACCCGAUCUCUCGCAGAACAAGGCAGUCAAGCUUGUCAAGCACGCCGCAGCAAACAACUAUGCCAUCUGCGCCACAUGCUGCUACAACGUCGAAGGCAUACUCGCUUCCGUCCGAGCAGCAGAAGCGAAACGCGCUCCUCUGAUCAUCCAACUCUUCCCCUGGGCGAUACAAUACGCCGAUGGCGUUUUACUCCAUGCCGCACGUGAAGCCGCCGAUAACGCAUCCGUGCCCGUAGCCCUACACAUGGACCACGCGCAAACGCCCGAGAUUGUCAAAAGAGCAGCGAAUUUCGAGCGAGGAUUCGACGGCAUCAUGGUCGAUAUGAGCCAUUACGACGAUAAUCUGGAAAAGACUGCUGAACUUGUCAAGUACUGCAAUGAGCGCGGUAUUGUCACCGAGGCAGAACCAGGUCGUAUAGAUGGUGGAGAGGACGGUGUGGGCGAUCUGAGCGAAUUGGGCUUGGAAGCUAUCCUCACUACGCCAGAGCAAGCGGAGGAAUUCGUCGCAACGGGCAUCAACUGGCUUGCCCCUGCUUUCGGAAAUGUACACGGGAACUAUGGGCCCAAGGGGCCACAGCUGGACUACGAGCGUUUGAAGCGCGUACACAGCAAGGUGGGAGAUCGAGUGAGUCUCGUACUGCACGGCGCGGGUGGAGAAUGGUUCAAGGAAAAGCUGUUGAAGGAAUGCAUUGAGUGUGGUGUUGCCAAGGUCAACAUCAAUGAUGCGUUUAAUAACGACUACAUCAAAGUCCUGAAAGAGGAGGCUGGAAAGACGCCGCUUACGGGCUUGAUCGAGAAGGCUACGGAUGCGAUGCAAAGGAGCAUUGAGCAGUAUAUAGAAUGGAUGGGAGGCGCGGGCAUGGCGGAUAAGAUAUAGACAUGUAGUCAAAAUGCUUCAAAACCAUAUUAUCGUCAACACAUCGUGAAGCCGGAAAAAUAAUACUUGGACUGUAUAGUCU